UCCUGGUACACAUGUAUGGUACAUUCCCUUAGCUGUGGUGCACGAUAACUGGUACACGGCCGGCGGGGUCGCCUACCACGACAUCAUGGUCAGGACGGUACUUGAAGAGAUCACAGCCGUCAACCCUGCCGUCAGGUUCUUCACCAUCUCCGUCCACGACCUGCCUCUCGAAGAGGUCUCCACGCUCUUCCUCAACUCAACACGGGUCUGGUCAGGGGUGGCGUCACUGGGCGGGUGUGGAGCCCAGCGAGCGGUGACCAAGAUCCACCACCUCCUUCAGGUCCCUGUAAUCUUCAUCGCCUGGGAUGACUGCCGCCUUCUCGGCUACCAUCAGCACAACGCCGUCAUCCUUAACAAUAUCAAGUUCGAUAACCGCUUCAACUGCCUGACGUGGGUGGUGAGUGUGUGGGUGAAGCAGUUCCUGCUGGCCAGGUCCACGCCCAUCAACGUGGGUCACUAUCUUAACGUGACGCUGGGCGGACGGCACUCCUUCCUAGCCGAGGAGAUCAUGUACCAGUGUGCUGGGAGCGAGGAGGUGGGUGACCUGUACCGGGCCCGAGCCUACGUUAGGGAUAAGAUGCUCACCGUAGUCACCAUCCAUCGGCCGCCCUUCGUGUUCCUGGAGGUGAACUCUACGGGCCACAUCCUCCACCGGGCAGGGUUCGCCUUCGACAUGCUGGAGGAGCUGCAGAGGAAGCUGGGCUUCAGGUACAGGCUGGUUUUGCCUUGUGACGGCAACUGGGGCAACAAGCUGCCCAACGGGUCCUGGGAUGGCAUGGUUGGUAUGGUCAUUAGGAAGGAGGCGGACCUCGGCGUGGCCCCCUUCACCAUAACCCUGGAGAGGGCACAAGUCAUCGAGUUUACCUUCCCUUACCACGUGGAGCCUUCGGCUAUCUUGACCCCGGCUGUCAGGCAGUCCAGGAAGAUUACCGCCUUCUUAGAUCCCUUCCACUACCAGGUGUGGCUGGCCAUCGCGGCGACCUUGGUGAUCCUGGGGCCCGUGAUGCACACCCUGGCGGGGGUGCCGUGGCUCGCCUUCCUCUACCCUCACACCCAGGUCCUCAACUGCGGCCCCGUCACCCUCCUCGGCCACUACUGGAUGCUGUCUGCCGCUCUGCUUCAGCAAGGUGUUGUGUACCCCAUGAACGCUGCGUCGCGGGUGGUGUUCGGGGCGUGGAUCACCGGCGUCAUCGCCCUCUCCUGCGCCUACACCGGCGUCCUCAUCUCCUUCCUCAGCGUCCCAGAGCGCUCGUACCUGGACUUCGCGAUAGAGGAGGACUAUCACCGCUCUGGCAAGUGUAACCUGGAUAUCGCCCCCGUCGAGUUCUUUCCCGCCGGAUUCGGCUGGAUUCACCGCAAAAACGACACCAUCGGCCAGCUCUUCAACAGGGAGUUCAUUAAGAUGCAACAAACGGGACUUUUCCGCAAGUGGAAACUUAAAUACUGGCCCAAACCCAACGAGUGUACAGGGAGAGGCAGGCGGUCCAACAGUAAGGCGCUGGACGUCUCCGACAUGUUGGGCUCCUUUACGGUCCUCGCCUUCGGCUUCCUGUGUGCGUUAAUCAUCCUCUUAUUGGAGCUCUACCGUAAAAAAGUGAGAUUACGCUCGAGGGCCACGACGAACACCAAGAGGACGCAAAGUUUGCACCGAAGCACUAUAUUACAAGAGCAGCUGUCCAGCCAGAAGAGUACAUAUGGCCUUCUGUCCGCCAUUCCUGGCAUUCACGCCAUCCCGGUGCCAUCUGUCAAGCUCAUCCCACCCACACCCGUCCACCACCACACCAGCCACUCCCCCGACUCUCACCUGUCUACCAUCGUCGCCCUCGGCGAUCAGGAGAACACCCGUUCACAACUGUCACCACGGAUACUCGGCCCACUCAAGCACCCGCCCACAUCUGAACAACAUUGUUACCUUGGGUGCUCGUCCCACCCGGACACCCAAUCACACCCAUCCACGAGCGCACUCCAACACCCACACACGCCCGUGCAUCAGCCUACUCACACACGUUCUCACACAGUUUAUCUCUCACUAUGAAAUUAAGUCGAUGUAGUCUUAUAAUGCCGUCAUAACUAGAAUCGUUAGCUCUUACAAUACACACACAUAUACACGAAAGAGAGCAGUGGUACUAGAUACAGUAUCGUGCUGGGUCUUGAGAGAGUGUGCUGAAGAAGUGAGAUAUUCCCUUUGGUGCUGGAUCACGGGAAAGUGAGCUGACUAAAAUAUUCCCUUUUUUCACUAAAAAGAAACAUGGGGGAAGAAGUUGAGUCCUGAAUGAGAACCGAAUGAGUAGUUAUACAUGUAUGAAAAACUAUUAUUAUUUGGACUGUCCAACGAAUUUGGUGUUGCCCGACUAAGAUUUUAUUUCCCAAGUUUUAAAUUCCAAAUGUGCCGAAUAAUUACCAAUAACAAAUAUAUAUAUACAUAUA